CCCAGCCUUCCAGAGAUUUGGGAGGCGUGGCGGGCGUUUUCCGUCGCUCGCGGAUGACGUGUUAGGAGAGAGCCGAGGGGGUCCGGCGGGCGGCCGGGCAGGGCGGGCGGCGAGAAAUGGCGGAGUAUCUGGCCUCCAUCUUCGGGACCGAGAAAGACAAAGUGAACUGUUCUUUUUAUUUCAAAAUUGGGGCAUGCCGUCAUGGAGAUCGUUGUUCUCGGUUGCACAAUAAGCCAACAUUUAGUCAGACCAUUGCCCUCUUGAACAUUUACCGUAACCCUCAAAACUCUUCCCAGUCUGCUGACGGUUUGCGCUGUGCUGUGAGCGAUGUUGAAAUGCAAGAACAUUAUGAUGAAUUCUUUGAGGAAGUCUUCACAGAAAUGGAAGAAAAAUAUGGUGAAGUAGAAGAGAUGAAUGUCUGUGACAACCUUGGAGAUCAUCUAGUUGGAAACGUAUAUGUAAAGUUUCGACGUGAAGAAGAUGCAGAAAAGGCUGUGAUUGACCUAAACAAUCGAUGGUUUAAUGGGCAGCCAAUUCAUGCUGAGCUCUCCCCUGUGACAGAUUUCAGAGAAGCGUGUUGCCGCCAGUAUGAAAUGGGUGAGUGCACCCGAGGAGGUUUCUGUAACUUCAUGCAUUUGAAACCCAUUUCUCGAGAAUUGAGACGUGAGCUGUAUGGCCGCCGUCGUAAGAAGCAUAGAUCCAGGUCAAGAUCCCGUGAGCGUCGCUCUAGAUCCAGAGAUCGUGGCCGUGGAGGCGGCGGAGGAGGAGGAGGAGGAGGAGGAGGCGGUGGCCGAGAGCGCGAUAGAAGGCGGUCAAGAGAUCGUGAAAGAUCUGGGAGAUUCUGAGCCAUGGCAUUUCUAUCUUGUCUGUUAGAAAGUGUUGUAGUUGAUUGACCAAACAAGUUCAUAAUGACAAUUUUUUUAAAAAAGAUGGGCUUCUGAAUAAAAAUUUGUAGUGAUACAGUUUUCUUUGCGUAACUGAUUUCUUAUGGAAAAGGUAUUUUAAUUUCCCUGACUGAAUGACUGAGGUAAUAAUUACAAUGUAUUACAGAUGAGCAGGUUUUUACAUUUAGGUAUGACUGAAAUUAUUAAUGUAUAUAAUAUUAAAAUAUUAUAUAUUAUAUACAUUAAAUAAUGCUUUAGGAGUUACAUGUUUAAGUUUCCCUCUUCCGUUAUGCUGUCUGCUUAUUUAGGUUAGCUUAGGCACAGCCUUAAAAAGCUGUGCAAGGAGGAUUUCUUUACUCAGUCAAAAUGCUUAGUCGCAUAUAUCUGUAUGUUACUAAGAAGUCUGUGCUCUGUGAAUGUGGCAUUUACAAUAAAUCCAAUUUUUGACUUAAAAUUUAAAGCCUAUUUUCUAAGUGCUCCUGAGUAGUUGCUACUCCCAGCUGUAUCAAAAUUCACAAGGUAGUCCCCAUAUUUUUUCUUACUUCGUUUUGACAAAUGCCUUAUUACAAUUGUGUGGGUGCCAUCAUAACAAGCUAGCUAGAAAUUUUAAAGGUGGAUAUUGACUCUAAAUUGUUGAUGGAUUAAAAGUGGGACUAAUCUAGCUGUGGUUCAACAAAGACUCUUAUUUCACCUUUGCAAAUAGGUCCACAAGAAUUGCUAGUGCACUUAAAAUUCAAACCUUUGGCUGUUUUUAUUUUAUGACUUUAUCAGCCUUCAAUAGAUUGAUUUACUGACCUUUUAUUAAAAUAAACAAUAAUUUAAAACUCA